CAAGGAUAGAGACUCGGAGAACAAAGAUGUUCCAGCAACAUUGAAACCUGUGGACCAAGGUGGAGUAUCUACAAGGAAAAGAAAUAACGAUGACAUGGAAGAUACAAGUGGAGAUGUAAAUGACACGGAUGAUAAAAACGAAGAAGUUACUGACAGUGCCGAGAAAAUCCAUAGGGGUGGAAUAAAAAUGACAGUUGUGAAAGUAGUUGUCAUGACAGUAGGACUGUCUGUAAUUGGCCUUGUUCUGGUUGUAGUAGUUAUAAAUAAUGCACCAACUGAGGAUUGCAGGUCAAGAAAGAAGAAGAAUUGUUUAUUAGCAGGAGAGAAGAACGAGUUGGACGAAGCAGGUGGUGAAAAGUUGAAAAAGCCCCAUGAUAACACAUUAACGCAACUAAUAUUACACAGUUUAAAUGAUCAAAUGAAAUUUGUUGGGGCACUAAUGAGGAAUGGUCUUAUAGAGGGCACAGUGUUCAGGGUCGGUUCUUGCUAUGUGAUGACAGCCUAUCACGUUAUUCAGCCAAUAAUAUGGGAUGAUCAACUUAAUAAAAUGGUUCCUGAACGUCUCUUUUCUAAAAACAUUUUUGUGAACUUCAAUGCAGCUGUGGGAGACUGUCCACGCAUACGCCCACAUAUAAAGAAAAUUUGCUACAUCAAUACAGAGCUAGAUGUUGCAAUUUUAAAGUUAUCCACUAUGAGUGGUGUACCAGCAAAAAUGCUUCUGUGGAAGGGAAACAGUAAUCUUAACAUGGAAAAAGUAUCAGUUAUUGGGUAUGGUCAUCCAAAGGAGCCACUAGCGAAGCAUUUUGAACCACCAUGUGUUGUUAUCAAGAGAGGGGGCAGUGAAGUUCAGGCUGCUCUAGAAUAUUACCACCGGGAAAAAGAGAACUUUAAACUGGCUUUAGGUAACAACACUGAAGUAAUAGAUAAAGGUUAUGGUGGCAUUGAUAAUGCUAAUAAAAUCUUUUUUCAUGGUUUCUUGGAACACGGAGCAUCAGGCUCGCCUCUGUUGGUCUGUAAUGAUCCAAGAUCUGUUUACGUUGUCGGGAUGUUGACCAAUGGACUUCCAGAGUUCUUCUUUCACCUUCCAGCUGGCAAGAAAGGAGACUUUCCACCUGAGCAUAGGUUUCAUAGUGGUAGUCGAAUGCAACUGAUAUAUGAAGAUUUAAUAGAAGUGGAUCGGAAUCUUGCUGAAGAUUUAUUUUGAAGAUUUUAAAUGAAGAAAGUCAGAAAUUACAUAAGCGGAAAAAAAUUCAGUUUGAAGGGGAGUUAGGAAAAGUGGCAGUUAGUAAAAAAAGCUAUAUUAUCUUAACUACAAGCAUGUUCAGAAAUGUACCAUACAGGGAUAUAAUAUACAGGGAUAAAAUUGUACCAUACACGAAUAAAGGCCUGUCAUGACUCAUCCGGUCUUGUGAUACCAGCUGUACAUGUGAAACUGAACAUUUCUCUUUCUGAAAUCUCAGUAUGUUUCAUGAUGCUGUAUUUGUUGUUUGUUUUAGUUAAAAAAAAAACUAACCAUGAUACAAAUAGUAUUGUUAGAUAUAUAUAUUAUAUGAGAUUUAUUUUUAUUUUCACUACACUGCAUUAGUAUGUCAAAUAAUUGUUUUGGAUUUAAUGAUAUGCACCUUUUUAAGUUUUGAAUAACUGCUUUUUACUAAACAUGUACAAAUUUUAAUUGUUUGGGGAAAAAAAUUAAAGAAAAGGCUCUUCUGUUCUCCUUUAAGUAGUUCAUUGUAAAAAAGUAAAUAUAUGCUAUUGAAAAUUUAAAUCUUAAGAUAUUUAAGCAAAAUACAAUGUACAUUAUGUAAUUUAUAUUCUCAAAAGUUCAGGUACAUGCAAUAGACAGGUUUUGGUGUGUUCAUUUUAUGAAUGAAUCUCAAUGUCUUUUUAAAUCAUUAUACAGUGACAAUGGUGAAAUGUAUGCUUUAUGGUUUCUUGGUUUCUUUUAAGUUACUUCCAUGACAUUUUGGUCAAGUCAUCACCUUAGUGCAAUAACUGGUUAACUGGUAUUAAAAUUAGAAGGACAUAACCUGUUCAUGCACUAAGGUGACAAAAAUGUAUAUUAUAUUUUUAGCUCACCUGUCACAAAGUGACAGGGUGAGCUUUUGUGAUCGCUUUUCGUCCGGCGUCCGGCCGUCCGUUCGUCGUCCGUCCGUAAACUUUUGCUUUAAAUGACAUCUCCUCAUAAACCACUGAGCCAAUUUCAUCCAAACUUCACAGGAAUGUUCCUUUGGUGGUCACCUUUAAAAAUUGUUCAAAGAAUUUAAUUCCAUGCAGAACUCUGGUUGCCAUGGCAACCGAAAGAAAAAUCUUUAAAUAUCUUCUUUUAAACAACCCUAAGAGCUAGAGCUUAGAUAUUUGGCAUGAAACAUCUUCUAAUGAGUGUCUACCAAGUUUGUUCAAAUAAAAGCCCUGGGGUCAAAAUUGGCCCGCCCCAGGGGGUCAUAGAUUUUCCCUAUAUGCAUAUAGUAAAAACUUAAAAAAUCUUCUUUUAAAGAACCUAAAGAGCUAGAGCUAAGAUAUUUGGCAUGAAACUACUUCUAGUGAGGGUCUACCAAGUUUGUUCAAAUAAAAGCCCUGGGGUCAAAAUUGGUCCCGCCCUGGGGGGUCAUUGAUUUUCCCUAUAUGCAUAUAGUAAAAACUUAAAAAAUCUUCUUUUAAAGAACUGUAAGAGCUAGAGCUUAGAUAUUUGGCAUGAAACAUCUUCUAGUGAAUGUCUACCAAGUUUGUUCAAAUACAAACCCUGGGGUCAAAAUUGGGCCAGCCCUAGGGGGUCAUAGAUUUUCCUAUAUGCAUAUAGUAAAAACUUAAAAAAUCUUUUAAAGAACCCAAAGAGCUAGAGCUAAGAUAUUUGGCAUGAAACAUCUUCUAGUGAAUGUCUACCAAGUUUGUUCAAAUAAAAACCCAGGGGUCAAAAUUGGCCCCGCCCCAGGGGGUCAUUGAUUUUCCCUAUAUGCAUAUAGUAAAAACUUAAAAAAUCUUCUUUUAAAGAACCCAAAGAGCUAGAGCUAAGAUAUUUAUCAUGAAACAUCUUCUAAUGAGUGUCUACCAAGUUUGUUCAAAUAAAAGCCCUGGGGUCAAAAUUGGCCCUGCCCCAGGGGGUCAUAGAUUUUCCCUAUAUGCAUAUAGUAAAAACUUAAAAAAUCUUCUUUUAAAGAACCCAAAGAGCUAGAGCUAAGAUAUUUGGCAUGAAACAUCUUCUAGUGAGUGUCUACCAAGUUUGUUCAAAUAAAAGCCCUGGGGUCAAAAUUGGCCUCGCCCCGGGGGGUCAUUGAUUUUCCCUAUAUGCAUAUAGUAAAAACUUAAAAAAUCUUCUUUUAAAGAACCUUAAGAGCUAGAGCUUAGAUAUUUGGCAUGAAACAUCUUCUAGUGAAUGUCUAUCAAGUUUGUUGAAAUAAAAGCCCUUGGGUCAAAAUUGGCCCCGCCCCAGGGGGUCAUUGAUUUUCCCUAUAUGCAUAUAGUAAAAACUUAAAAAAUCUUCUUUUAAAGAACCCAAAGAGCUAGAGCUAAGAUAUUUAGCAUGAAACAUGUUCUAAUGGGUGUCUACCAAGUAUGUUCAAAUAAGAGCCCUGGGGUCAAAACUGGCCCGCCCCGGGGGUCAUUGAUUUUCCUUAUAUGUGUAUAGCAAAAACUUAAAAAUCUUCUUUUA